ACAGAUCCCUGAGUCAGGAGCCACCUUGAGAGGAAAAAGCCAAGGGAGGAGAGAGCCGAGCUGCUCCGCAACUUGUAGGAUUUUUUGCGACUUUUUUAAGACGACCUGUUUUUAUUUUCACCUGAUGGAACACCUGGACCCUGAGCCGGAAGCCCGGCGGAGACAGAGUCCUCCAACCAGGUGCUAGAAAAGAUUUCUUCAGCAUCAGUGGAUUCAUCCAAUGUUGUCACUGUUGCUUCAUACUAGCAGUAUGGUGAACAGCUAAGACCUUCUGAGCAUAUCGACAGAAGCCUUCAGCGAUAAUAUGCAAUCAAUCAAACAGGAAGUGGACUCCAGUGGUUCCUACAGCGGAGAGGAUGCCCUGGUCCUGGCUGUGGCCUUACAAGGGGCCGACAGAGACCUGAUGGGGCACAAAAUCUCCGCAAUGCCCUUCAAGAAUAAAAGUAGCUGUCGCAGGAAAAGGGAGUUCAUCCCCGAGGAGAAGAAGGACAACGUGUAUUGGGAGAGGAGGCGCAAAAACAACGAGGCGGCCAAACGCUCCAGAGAGAAGAGACGCAUCAACGACAUGGUGCUGGAGAACAAGCUGAUGGCGCUCGGCGAGGAGAACACCUCCCUGAAGGCCGAGCUGCUGUCGCUCAAGCUGAAAUUCGGCCUGUUGAGCUCGGCGGCGUAUGCACAGGAAGUCCAGAAGUUGUCCAGUUCUGUGGACCUCUACCAGGAUUAUGGUCCGCCCAGUCCCGGAGAAGGUCCCAGCGGGGAUUCAGAGCCUCUUCAUGUUCGCAGCAGCUGCAUAUCGGUCAUCAAGCAUUCACCUCACACGCCUGAGACAUGUGCUCAGGGCGGCUUCAGGACCGCAGAGGUCAAGCAGGAGUCGGCAGAGAACAUCAGCUAUGCACAGGAGAGGAGCAGCCCCUAUGAACUCUACAGGAAGUUCAUCUCCAACCCUCUGUCUGGAGUCUACUCACAGCCCGCCUCCUUCCUGCAGAUCACCAGGUCGUCCAGCAGCUCCCCCCGGAGCUCAGAGGACGGAGCUGUGAGUAAAUCCUCUGACGGCGAGGAUGAGCAGCAGGUUCCUAAAGGUUUGACGCCGUCUGUAGCCGACCAGAGGAGUGUCAUCGUCUCCACACACAAAGUGCCCGAUUCAGGUUCUUCAGCUUUGCCCCACAAGCUCCGCAUCAAAGCCAGAACCAUCCAAAUCAAAGUGGAGGCCAUCGACCCUGAGUACGAGCCUUCCGGAAAGUCCUCCCCUCCCAUCAGCGCAUCAGAAGGAGGAUGCUACCGGCCCGCUCAGGACUCCUCGGGGAUCCCCCGGCCCCCCCUGUGUCCUCUGUCCUCACAGGUCUCCGACAUGCAGGACUGGACCCAGCGGGCCGAGCAGUUGCACAAAAGCAGCACAGAGACCCUGCAGAAGAGUAGCAGGCUGACUUGGAGCCCCCCUGUGGACGCCGGAGACCCGUCCCGUGCACACUCUCACCCCUCGUAUCCGACACAGGGACUCGCUGACCUGUCGGCACAGAUGGCCACUCUGAAAAGACUGAUCACAACACAGCACGGCGCCGUGAUAGAGUCGACCAAAAGCACCGCUGAUCACACCGAGUCAAUAUCAAAGGAGGGUUUCUGUGAAUGACCUUUGUAUGUUUUGUAUUCUCACUGUAUUUGCUGUUGCACUGUGUGGUUCAUAUUAGGGUUCAGACAUGUUUUUUAUCAUCGCGCGUUUGAACGAUGGCGGAGUCUGUUGAGGAGAAAAAAGCGGCUUGUUUGUGACGUAGGCUGAGUGAAAGUGGUGUGUUAUAGCUCAGAUGGUACAUGCAGCAUAAUGUACAAUACUCCUCUUUAUACACACUCUACGACAUUUACACAGCGGCCAUUUUUCUCUGACUUUCUGCACCGGAUAAAAAGCUCUAAAGACGUUCUGCUGAGAGGCGUACGAGUCGUUUUAAGUAGAGUUUAAUGCACACUUUUAAAAUCCAAUUUAAGACUUUUUUUAAGCCCCAACAAAGAUGAACUUAUACACUUCUUGCACUGCGUAGAGUUAACGCUUUUUGAAUUUGAUGUGGACUCGACAACUUUGUUUCCCAGUGUUUAAAAGUUUUAUAGCUUUUUUUGUGUGCACAUUUUGCAAGUCGCCUCAUAACCGUCAUUUGCCUCUGCCAACCAGUCAUUCUCUUAAACAUGAGUUUUCCUGUCUCCGUCUCCUUCUCUCUUCUGUUCACUGUUUGAGCUUGUGUUAGUAAUACACUGAAACAGAUGCAGUGGAUUGUCAGAAACAUAUCUCACCUUGAGAGUGACACCAGAGGAAAAUGAGCUCUACUCAAAUAGGCUAAAUUCACUUUUUAGAUCCUCUUCUCCAACCAAACCUUUCACAGUUAUCAGUCACUCCAUUUGCUUCUACGUCGCUGUUUCUUAGUCCACUGUUUAAGUUUAUGUCAUUUAAACACAACACUUCCUCUUUAUUAAAUCCCCUCUGACCUGCAGCAUGACGUCCUUUAGAGGAGGAUAGACGUCCUGAUCUGUGCAGGAUGUGUGUUAAUGUUGGUUUAAUUGGCUGUUUGGGUCAAACUGUCAAACGUGGAGGAUCUGUAAUGAGCUGGUUGAUUGAAAACUGUUUCUGCUUCAGACUAAAGCAGCAGAUUGAUGAAUAUGAAUACUCACAUUGAUUUGUUGAGCGUGUGUUUGUCACCGCUGUAGAAGGAGCCUGAAUAAAGGAUGUCUGCUUGUUACUUGAGAAUCCAUUACUUAGUGAUUAUUAAUGUGUUGGAUGAGGUGUGAAGCUCUUAAAGGUGGAGUUAGUAGCAGCUUGUAAACACAACAUUCAAACUGGGCCCCUCCUCCUCCUGGGCUCAUCAUAAUUUCCCUUUCAGGAAAACGUUACUGACUCUACCUUUAACUUCAUUAUUACACCAGCUGUCACUCAGACUGCUUUACAGAGUCUGGCUCCAUCAUAUCAACAUUUAUUUUUUUAAAGCGGGGGUUUUUGCUGUCAGGCCGUUUUAUGCCUUAAAACUGAAAUCUGUCAUGUUUAAGUUCAACAAAGAGUGCGUGUUGUCGAUCUGUUCUAUGUCGGUGUGGUGACAGAAGAACAGUGGGUGGAGGCGUUUUUAGAGGAAAGUUUUAGCAGAGUUAUUUUUAUUUCUGAACAUUUCCUGGUGAUAACUUUUUAUUUUGGUCGGGGUAAUUAAAGAAAUAGAUGGUGCACGUUCCAUGUUUGUGGAAGUGAUGUUCAUUUGACUAAUUACAGGCCACUCAUGCACCCGAUUCUCUUUAGAGAAACAACAUGGGAGCGCCUUGUGUUUAUGUCGUGCUGCCCAUGAGCGAAGGCUAUAGUCCUUGUCAAAGUGGCUGUGGGUCUGAAUCCGUCCUUGACCCUUUGCUGCAUGUCAUCCCCCCCCCCCUCUCCUAUCAACACAUCCCGUCUCUCUUCAGCUGAACUAUCCAUUAAAGGUUAAAAAGCCCAAAAAAGAAACGUCGAGAUAAAGUAUUUCAGUGGUAUUUUAAUAUUUUAGAGACCAGCAUGUCUCAUCCUGCAGGUACAAGUUUUAUGUCCUCUGAAUACUCUGCAAAGUUUUUUGUCUUUGUCAAUGUGUUUGUGUUUUGAUGUUUCACUAAAUCUUCACAUCUGAGGAGUCAUUUAGUUUAAUGUCACUAAAAAGCAGCUUUUGCUUUCUUUAUCAGAGAGGACAGCUAAAGAGAGGCAGGAAAUGUUGAGAGGAGAGAGAGUGAGGGGUGACAGGCAGCAAUGGGGCGAGGUCGGAUUUGAACCCACGGCCACUACAACGAGGGCUAUAGCCUCCGUACAUGUACAUUUCAAAAGACUUCUAGUCAUGGAUCGUCUUUCGACAAGAGUUGAAAAUGAGCUCUCUGUCUGUGCAAAAGUUCAGUUUCAUGCUCUGCAUUGAAACUUUGUAAAGUUGCAGAAUCCUCAUCAGUAAAUAAGUUCACUGAGUUCACAGGAAACAAGAAGCACUCUACCAGAUCAUUAUGGGAUGUUUGAAGUUCAGAGAUGAUGUAAUGAGUUUGCAGAAAGACAAAUAAACAUGCAAAGACAUCUAGAGAGAAUAAUGCUUUAGGCAAUGAAAAGGAAAACAGAUUCACUUUGCAUGAGUUGAACCUGAGUUUUGAGGACAAUCCUGAUUUCUUCCUGUAAUUUCUUCCUUUUUCCUGUAAAAAAAAAAAAAAGUUCUCUCUAGGAAACUUUAAGGAAUCUGUGAGAAAAUCCCAAACCUGUAAAGUUCUGCAUUCUGUUCUCCCUCUCUUGCCCGGGUUCCUCGUGUUAAUCCUGCUCUCCUUCAUCGCCACAGUCAUUCUGUGUACUUUGUACACAUUGAAGACUUUGUUUCUGCAUUCCUGUGAGCGGUGAGCUGAGACGACUCCACAAACACUGAGCUUCACAUUCCUCCGACUCUGCUGGAGUUUAAAUUAAAAAAGUCACCAAGUCACAGAUUUUUUGGUUGAAGUUCAAGUUUAUCUUAAAAAAUGCUCUUCUUCUCUGUUGGUUGAGUAGUCGUUGCUUCACUUUUGUUUGUUUUUUUCUUUGUGUGUUUGUGUUUGAUAUUUUUUUUAACUUUCAGGCCACGUUGUGAAAAACGUCUGUCCUCAUCAUCGAAAUAUCUCCAACGGUCCAGCGUUUGUAAAUGUAACAUUAAAUGUCCCAGAACAGUCAGGGGUCAUGACACAGCUUGGUCACCGGUGAGUCUGAUGAUGAUGGCAGCCUGACGUCCAGGUUUCUGUAUCUGAACACUUUUCUCAACUUAUUGUAAUGGUGAGUUUUUGUUUACAAUAAACGUCUUGUCACUGAA